AUGAAACACGUGAAAACGAACUUCAUUCCAUCUCAUAACUCAAACAAAUCAUCAUUCGAAGCCGCCAAACAAAAUGUCUGGGCGGAUUUGAGCGAGGCUGAAGCCAGCUCUGUUACAAGUUUCUUGCUUUCGAACUCGGUUCUGAAUCUCACAGACUCGACGAAGGCGACGAGUGAUGACAAUGCUAUUCUACUUGUCGAAUUGCUGCAACCGAACAAGUCAGAUGUUCUUUCGUAUCUCGAUGGCUCGACAGGGGCUCCGACUCGAUGGGCACGUGCUGUGAUUCAGUAUGGAGCCACGGAAGAGCCAUAUACUGCAAACUACAUGGCUGGACCAUUACCAAUCGACAAAUCUUCCGUCGUGACGCCUCUUGAGUUCUGCUACAGCUCCGGACGAAACUAUGUACUUAAUCCAUACCCGGAUCAACCCAAGCUCCGAAAGUGGGCAAUGUCCUUCAGCGAGAGCAUUGGGGACAUUCUAGAUGAACUUCUUGGUGAUGUGAGUAAUAAAGACGAGCACCCAUACGAUGCCAACAGUGUGAGCGCAGCUGCUAGAGUCUCGUUUGUAGAUAAAGGCUCCCUGAUGAUCUGGAUCUCGCUCCUUCGUUCUGGUCUUAUCUCAGAUGCAACGUCUCUCUUACCACAAGGACUUUAUGUUCAACUCAAUGCAUCGACUCGAGAUACUGCGAAUUGGAAAACGCUUCAAUGGUAUUACAACAAUAAGUUAUAUGCUAAUGAGGCCGAAUUCAGGAAGGCUGUGGCGUCGCCGGGCUUCAAGAAAAGUGGUCUGAAUCUUGACGGACAUUGGGCAGAUCUCGAAGACUUCGAGGCAGCGCCAUUGGGUCGUGAUAUGCCAUCUCCGACGAUGGUGCAACCCCACGGAGCAAGAUACAGAAUAGACGAGAAAGAGAACUUCAUAUCUUGGAUGGGUUUUGACUUCUAUCUCUCGACCUCUUCAGAUACUGGUGUAUCAGUACAUGAUAUCAGGUUCCAUGGCGACACUGUGAUUUAUGAGCUUGGUAUGCAGGAAGCUCUUGCUCAUUAUGCUGGAGACGACCCAACGCAAGGCGGUCAAGAGUUUCUUGACACCUUCCUUUACAUGGGCUUGUACAUGUAUGAGCUUGUGCCAGGCUAUGACUGCCCCGCAUAUGCAACGUUUCUGUCUACUCAGUACCAUUUCGGCGACUCCACCAAGAUCAAUAAGAAUAGUAUUUGUGUUUUCGAAUACACAGCAGACUUCCCGCUUCAACGCCACACAGCAGACAAACGAGUUACGAUAUCAAGAAACACUUAUCUUGUUGUCAGAUAUGUCUCCACAGUCUGGAACUACGACUACACCUUCGACUAUAUAUUCUACCUUGACGGCACAAUCGAAGUGAAAGUCCGAGCAAGUGGAUUCAUAUUCGGCGCUUUCUGGACCGGAACACAAGCCAACGAAGAUGAAUACGGGUUCCGAGUCCACGAUGCCGUAUCAACCAGCAUGCACGACCACGUCAUCAACUUCAAAGCUGAUCUUGAUAUUGCUGGAACCGAAAAUACGAUGGUCCGUGUAGGGGUUGAGCCUUUGACAAUGGAUUAUCCUUGGGACGACGAAAACACGACUCCAAGAAAUACGAUGCAUCUCGUCAAAAAGGUAGUCGAAAAAGAGACAGGGUUAGACUGGCCUCGAAACUCGGGUGAGUUGUUCCUUGUUUUAAAUCAGAAUGAGACGAAUGCUUGGGGUGAGAAGAGAGGAUAUCGUGUCCAGCCUGGCACCGGAAUCGGUACUCCUGUGCAUCUUACUAUCUUGAACUCAACGACACUUGGGAAGGCUGCUGAGUGGGCAGCUCAAGAUCUUUGGGUGUUGAAGAGGAAGGAUACUGAGCCGAGGAGUUCAAGUGCUUUGAACGCGCUCGGUCCUUUGGAUCCGAUUGUGGAUUUCAGCAAGUUUGUCGAUGGUGAGGACAUUGUGCAAGAUGACUUAGUUGUAUGGUUCAACCUUGGAACUCACCACAUUCCGCACGCUGGAGAUAUACCGAAUACGCUUAUGCAUACCUCUUCCUCUUCUGUAAUGUUCACGCCCUUCAAUUUCCAUGAUAGAGACAUGAGUAUAUACACAAGACAAGGAGUAAAGAUGGAACAUGGCAAGAAACCAAGACAUUUUGGUGGUACAUAUAACGAAGGAGUCACGCUGAAGAAGGUAAGAGAAAACUCCUAUUGUUUGCCCUGA